GCCCAUUUUCCCCUCUUUUCCAUUGCCUCGAAUCAAAAUCGCCACUUUGUUUUAGAAGUCCGUCGUACUCACGCCACUUUCGACAAUUACUGAAAACUCCCAUCGGUGGAACCAUGGUCCAAGCUAAGACGUGGAUCCUGACCAAACACUUUGACGGCUUCCCCAAGGAAAGCGACUUCCAACUCAAAGUGGAGGAGCUCCCCGAGCCCAAAGACGGACAGGUGCUUUUGGAAGCGUUGUUUCUCAGUGUUGACCCUUACAUGAGGCCCUUCAGCCGAGUUCGCAUGAAAGAAGGAGACGUGAUGAUCGGAAGUCAAGUGGCCAAGGUGAUCCAGAGCAAAAACAAAGCCUUUCCAGUCGGGACCCACGUGGUAGGGCGUGGCGGAUGGAGAACGCACACCAUCUCGGACGGGUCUGACCUGGUGCCCAUCAUGGCUGACUGGCCUAAGGACGUCUCGCUGUCCUUGGCUCUGGGCACUGUGGGCAUGCCUGGGCUGACGGCUCUGUACGGAAUCGAAGAAGUCCUGGCGCUGAAGUCCGGCGAAACCUUGCUUGUCAAUGCAGCGGCAGGGGCGGUGGGCUCGGUGGUGGGGCAGAUCGCCAAAAUCAAGGGCUGCAAAGUAGUGGGUUCGGCGGGGUCCGACGCCAAAGUGGCCUUCCUCAAAGAGCUGGGCUUUGACCAGGCUUUCAACUACAAAACCGUACCGUCCCUGGACGAAGCCCUCAGGAAAGCUGCUCCUGAAGGAUACGACUGUUUUUUUGAAAACGUGGGAGGUGCGUUCUCCAGCGUCGCCCUGUCACAGAUGAAAGAUUUCGGAAGAAUAGCCGUGUGUGGAAGUAUAUCCACGUAUAAUGACAUAGAAUCUCAGACAGGUCCAUAUCCUCAAAUGACCAUGAUCUUCAAGCAGCUGAAGAUGGAGGGGUUCAUGCAAAGCAGAUGGCAGGCAAAGCACCCAGAGUCCUUGAAGAGACUCAUGGGUUGGUUGAAAGAGGGUAAAGUGCAGAGUCGCGAGCACGUCACCAAGGGCUUUGAAAACAUGCCGGCGGCUUUCAUGGGAAUGCUGCGAGGUGAAAACACCGGCAAGGCCAUAGUGGCAGUCUGAUGUCGACAGAAUGUCGAAACAAAAUGUCUUCACAGUGCUUCUUUUUGUUGAGCCACCUGUAACGGCGGCAAUUAUAGCUUUGUGUCUUUUUGAACAUCACGAGGUUGACACACCCAUAGUUGAAAUAAAGUUUACACACCUAAA